AUGCUUUUCGUUGACCAAGGUAAUUCUGUACCUCGCCUUUCCAGCCUCCAUAUCGACAAUUGCCUUGUUGGCAUCCUUCAUGGGCACCUUGUUGAUCCAAGGCUUAAUGUUCUUGUCCGCGGCAAGUUGAAGCAUUUCUUCAAUUUCUGCCGGAGAACCGAUCAUGCUGCCACCCAGCUUGACACCCUUGCCGAUGAAAGCAAAAGCACUGUAACAGAGUUUGUCAGUAUUAGAAUCUUCCAAAUGCUGAGGAGUUGCUGGGUUCAAACAUACUUCAUAUCAGGCAACUUGUCCUCCGGCGCCCCGACCUGGAUGAACUCGCCCUUGGUGCGGAGAAGCUGCAAGUACUUCGACAACGGCAUCGACGGAGAAGAAACAGUGCAGACGAUCAGAUCCAGCGAUCGAGCAUGCUUCUUGUUCCAGUCUUUAUCCUCUUCGGUGGCGAUGUACUCGUCAGCUCCCAUUUUUAGCACAUCGUCCCUCUUAUCGGCUCUUCGAGAGAUCCCGACGACCUUCGAGGCGCCCAUGGCUUUUGCGAACAGGACACCAAAGUGUCCUAGACCUCCGACACCGAUAAUGCCGACCUAA